UAAGUUGUUUGACUUUUAAAAUGUAACAAACACCUAGCACAUUCUGAAAUGCUGACAUUAUUAAUGUGGGUUCUUCUAUUUUUGCAUUAUGUGGCAGUCAGGCAGACCUCUUCCUAUCACUGCAGACUUCCUUGCUGGGAUGUAAAAGUUGUUCUAAUACUGUGUUAGCUAAUGCAACCGGCUUUCAAUUUGUAAUUCCUUGUCAUAACGUUUGUGAAAUUCCAGUGACUAUGCCUGUGAUAACCAUAGGCAUCAUCCCUCUCCAGGCUUAUAUAUGCUUCAAGGCAUGCCAGGGCAAUUGUGAAGACAGGAUUCUGAUCCAGUUCUCUUGGGGAUAGUUGCUCCUUGUGGCAUCUCUUAACUGCCAGCAGGGGAGCUAUGGCAGAUUAUCAGAUCAGGAAGUACCAGAACUCUGACUACGAGGUUGCACGCGACAUAUUCGUCGCUGGAAUGAAUGAGUACAUUUCUGCAGCCUUUCUACAUGUGACCAGGCAGUGGUGGAAUUUGGUGGUUCUUCUGACGGUCAUUUUCCUCCUGUUUUUGACAUCUGGUUCUUUCUUUAUGGCCACCCUCGGUAUGGUCUUUGCUUUAGGUGGUGAAAGACUGUGCUUCACCUAUGCAUGGAGGAGGUACAUUGACCAGACUCUGAAAGCAGACCUACAGGACAUCCAGAGGUCCUAUAUGGAAGGGGAUGUCUCCUGUUUCUGGGUGGUGGAAUGUAGUGGUGAUAUAAUUGGCACUGUUGCAGCAAGGCCUGCUGCUGAGACACUUAAUGAGCUGGAGUUGAAACGCAUGUCUGUGAGAAGGGCAUGGCGUGGCCGUGGGAUUGCAAAGGCUUUGUGUAGAACAGUGAUUGACUUUGCUCGCCAAAAGGGUUAUAAAGCAGUAGUGCUCAAUGUUACUUUUGUACAGCAUGAAGCACAACAGCUAUAUGAAGGCUUAGGAUUCUUAAAAUGUCAGGAGUACUUUGCUCAGACUGUGUUUGGAAAAUGGAGUAAUUUCAGAGUUUUUAAGUACAGGUAUAGUAUUUUAGGGAAUUCUUGAGUGUGAUAGCUGGUACUACAAGUGGGCCCAUUUUCAGCAAUAUCAGCAAGGUACAUAUCUGUACCGAGUCUGUAUUUUGUCAGGCAGUGAACCAUAUGUCAGACAGUGGCACCAAACUUUGCUGAUGAAAUGUAAGUUAGUAGAUGGCCACAGUAUUUGGAAAUAUGGGAACUCAGACUUACUACCUGAUAUGUUUCACUCUGUCAGGAUUCUUGAAACUAAGCUGUCCUAAUAAUGAGAUCUUUACUGGAUAAUGGGUUACUGUGGUUUCCUUGGACUUUAAAAACUAUCAGUUGGAGUGAAACGGUGACAGUAAAAAAUGGCAUUUCAUUCAUAAAUGAAAAAUCACAGGCUCUGCACAAUAUUAUUUGCUGCUGAAUCACUACCAGAGAAGUAAGAUAUUGGUGACGAGAUGUUACCUUUUUCUGUUGCUGCAGUGCGUUUUGACUACGAGAUGUUACCUUUUUCUGUUGCUGCAGUGCAUUUUGACUAUGAGAUGUUACCUUUUUCUGUUGCUGCAGUGCGUUUUGACUACAAGAUGUUACCUUUUUCUGUUGCUGCAGUGCGUUUUGACUACUUUUCAUUCUGUCGUUUAUUGUCUGAAUAUUUUUAUCACUGUUUUUUUUUUCAGAUAGUGUCUAAGCUCUUCAGUGAAUGAUUGCUACAACGAAAUUCUGUUGAACCAAGCAGUAGUGUGGCAGUAAAUUGGGGUACAAGAAAUGGGGCAAUUGCAGCAGUGCCGAUGUUGUGUAUCUAUAUCUCUGUAUAAUACACUGUCUCUGCUGAUUCAUGUGUGUGUGUUUAUUUAACUUGCCAGACUUGACUAUUAGGGUUGCCUACCCUGAGUUUUCUUUUUUUUUAAUAGUAGUCAGGAAUUUGGAGUCUUGCUUACUUUAUCUAGUCUCGCUAAGAGAUAACUUGGGUAUUUAGAACCAUUCUGUGUGUUCUCAUAACUGCUUCAGGAAGUGUGUAUUUCUCCUGCUACAUGUACGUCCUGCACCCCUUUCUUUGUGAAAGCAGUCCGUUUGCUAACCUGAUCUUUAUAUUUUGCAGCUCAACACUAGGGAUUCACAGCAUUAGGUAAAAAGUGUGGCUGCAUUUUAUGACAUAAUGAAAUAUGUUUUUAACUUUACUAGUUUACAGAUUCAGACUAAUUAAUAUUAAAAUGCAGACAUUGAAAUAAGAAACACAGAAGACAAUAGCCAUAACUAUGUACAAUAAAACAUUUAAUCAAAAUAUAUUUUUACCAUACCUCUCAACCUUCCAACUCCAGAAUGUGGAACAACUGUGUAAAAUGCGAAACACUUACUAACAGCUUAGUAACUUCAACUAGAAAGCCCACAGGAAGGUUAAACUGUGUUACUAUAAAGUUAUCAAACGUUCUUUAGAUGAGUUGAUACGAUUCAGUGUUAUCUAUUGUGUAUAUCCAUUAAAAAAUGUUAACAUUC